AUGGCACCCAAAAAACCCCCCACAGGUUUUCACUUGGACCUCCAGAACUACGAAGUCAGAGGCGUGGAUUUCUAUGGCUCAAUACAGGAGAGGUUGGAAAAAUAUGGAGAAGAAUGGUCCACUUUCACACAGGCCCUUUGGGGAAAGCCACUUUCCAAUUUUCUCGACAGUACUCCUGGUAACGAUCGAAUGGAUGAUUCAUGGCAGCCGGUGCGCGCACUGGGGAAAGGCGCGUUCGGCAUGGUGGGAUUGUGGGAGAAGAGGAACCGCAAAGGCAAUCUUCAAGACUGGGUCGCAAUCAAGGAAAUGAAGCGUGGCCUGAAUCCUGGUUGGCAGCUUCAGCGCGAUCCGACCUUGGCCAAGGAAGCUGUGAUGAUGCAGCAGCUCAAUAGUGCGGAACAAGGUCGCGGCUGGCAAACGAAGAAUAACAUACUUCGCCUCCGGAGCUUCAGAUUCUUUCCGGAAGUCAAUAGAUGGCGUUUCUACCUCGAAUUUGCUGAGCACGGAGAUCUCUAUAAGCUAAUACAUUCGUAUAGGGCAUGGGAUACGUAUUUCCCGGAAGAAUUUCUUUGGCAUACAUUCCACAGCUUCGCCAAAGCUGCUCUUGUGAUGGAGCAGGGCCCUUUCUUGGACCCAGAGUCGCUGGAGCCUCAUAAUGGACCUGUUCUGCACAUCGAUAUCAAGCCCGAAAAUAUCUUCCUGGGCAAGGCAGAUAAGAAGGCCCUGUUUACCAACUAUCCCACCAUCAAAGUGGCUGAUUUUGGAUUGUCAGAGAUAACACAUCAAGACGAUCCGGACAAUCCAUCGCAGUACAGAAAGGGUACCCUCGACCAUAUGCCACCCGAAGUCACAUGUUUUACUGCCCCUUGGAGUCGACGUCCCGAUGGUAUUCUACACAACCUAGGCGAGAAUAAGGCCGACGAGGCCAUAGAUAUUGAGCGGGGGAUGCUGGAGCCAGGCUAUAAGUUCUUAGCAGCACAUAACGUGUGGGGCUUCGGUAAGGUGAUGUAUGAUAUGACGACAUUGUCCUGGUCAGAUGAACUGGACGAGAAGAUGUACAAGUCGACCACGGAAGCAGAGUACUACGGGAGUUUGAAUGAGCACGCUAUCCCUGAGAUCAGGACGAACAAGAAGCCGGAAUAUUCCUCUGCCCUACGAGAUUUGAUCAGAGAGUGCCUACACAUAGAGAUUGGUAAGCGACCGACGCCGCAACAACUUCUAGAACGUACGCUGCGCGGACUCGAAGCAGCCGCGCAAUCCAGGCUACAGGGCGCAGAUGACCACGAUGGCCCCAGGGUGUAUCAUAUGGGUAACGAGAUCAACCACAUGCUCCGUGGAGAUGCAGGACUGCCCGCCCAACGGUCUGACUGGAAGGCUAUCAGAGAGCAAUUUUGGAUGCAUCCACAUUGGGAGCCUCUCUUGUCAGGACGGUGGGCACCGCAGGUGCGAAGCGGCGAGUUGGCCAAUCAACCAAUUGAAGAUGGUGGACCUAAGCGUCCGGUUCGGCCAUUUGCUGGUAGUGUCCGGGCAGAUCCGCGUCCAAUAGACAACUUUCAGAAUCAUCGGGGUGUGAUCUGGACACUUGGUUCGUUGUCUCCGGAAAGAGAUACACCAGGCAAUAAUGGGGAGAGUGACGGCGAUGAUCAGGGAGACUUAGGACAUCCAUACAACCCCGGAGAGAACAGGCCGUUGUCAAGGCCACACGACACAGGGGAGCUCAGCCCUAGGCCAAAUGAGGGCGAUGCUGCAAGGCCACCUGAUGCUCCUGACGAUGCGCUUACGAGUGCAGAACGUACGACACAACGUCCGGCUGAGGCGGUGUCUACACGUCCAGUUCAGCGUCUCAAAAUCAACCCACCCCAAGCCCCACCGAAGGAGCAGCUUCCACAAAAACAGACCAAGAAGCGGAAACGGGUCAUGGGCAUCAGCGUUGAUGACAUUGCUCAAGAGGUGCAAGGUCGCAAUGUAGAAGGACACAAUCUGAGGCCUAAGCGAAAACGUUAA